AAAUUUCAGUCAUCCAUGAGCUAAGUUGUGUUGUGGUGAGUUUUUUGUUAGUGUUGGUGAAAUAAAAGUGUAGAAAAAAAUUCUUACAGUGAAUUAAAGUGCAGUGUUGGAUUAUUAAUUUUACGAAUUGUGGAUUAAACAAAAAUGAGUUGGGGGACCGAACUCUGGGACCAAUAUGAGAAUUUAUCACUACACACACAAAAAGGAAUUGACUUUCUGGAAAAGUAUGGACAGUUUAUUAAAGAACGAUGUACAAUCGAAGUGGAAUACGCAAAAAACCUCAGGAGGCUGGUCAAAAACUUUCAACCGAAAAAGAAGGAUGAAGAAGAUUAUCAGUAUAGUCCGUGUAAAGCGUUCAAAUUGGUUAUGGCCGAGGUAAACGACCUAGCCGGCCAACACGAAGUCAUAUCCGAAAACCUCCAGUCAGAAGUGCUCAGGGCAGUCAACAUUUUAGUCAAAGAUUUGAAAGACGAUAGAAAAAAGCACCUACAAGAAGGCGCGCGCAUGAUGACUCAGCUGACGAACCAGCUGGCGACGCUGGAGCGGGCGCGCAAGAACUAUGAGAAGGCGUCACGGGAGGCGGAACGCGCAUUGGACACAUUCCAGCGUGUCGACGCCGACAUGAACCUGUCGCGUGCCGAGGUGGAGAAGCAGCGCAUGAACAUGACGCUCAAGUCGCAGCAGUGCGAGGAGACCAAGAACGAGUACGCCAGCCAGCUGCAGAGGACCAACGACCUACAGAAUCAACAUUACCAUAUAUUACUACCCGAUGUUUUUAGGAAUUUACAAGACCUCGAUGAGAAGAGGAUAAAAGAUAUAAGAAAUUUCAUGAUUCACUCUGCCGAUGUCGAAAGGAAAGUGUUUCCUAUUAUUAGUAAGUGUUUAGAUGGUAUCGUCUCAGCGGCGCAGCAAAUCAACGAGAAAGAGGAUACGUUAUUAGUGAUAGAACGAUACAAGUCAGGCUUCCAGCCACCGACAGACAUUCCGUUUGAAGACCUGAACGGUAGGGGGGGCAGCGAGCGGGAUGGGAGCAGUGGGGGGGUGGGACCGCCGCCCCUCAGCAGUGUGGGUGGAUUCCGACCGGAGGCCAUGACAGUCAAAGGCACCAUGUCAGCCGGUGGCAAGCUCAAGAAGAGGGUCGGCAUAUUCAACAUUUUCAGCUCCAACAAGAAGCUAAUCGAUGUGUGCAAUUCACUGAAGUCCAACCUCUCUUCGUAUGGUGAUAACAAGGAGGAUUACAGUGAUUUACCACCCAACCAAAGGAAGAAGAAACUGCAGAUGAAAGUUGAAGAGAUUGUAGCAAAAAUUCAGCAAGAAACUGCUGCGAGAGACGGACUGAUGAAGAUCAAGGGCGUGUACGAAGCGAACCCAGCGAUGGGCGACCCGAUGUCGGUCGAGGGACAGCUAAACGAGAGCGGCCACAAACUUGACAAGCUGCGCUUGGAGCUGCACAAAUUCCAGGGCUUCCUCGAUGAAGUGGAGGGGGGAGGGGGAGGCAGUCCGGCCAACCGCCGACACAACAAUGUCAACGGCGUCGAGAGGAAGCGCAGUUUGUUGCACAGAAACAGCGCAGGUGGUGGGUCGGGGGGAGAAGAGGAGUCGCUGAGUCGGUCAGCGUCGGACUCGUCUGUCUCCAACAACCACAACCACAAUCACAACAACCACCACAACAACAGCAGUUCCAGCAGUCACAACAACCACAAACAGUCGGCGCCCGGAACGCCCCUACCUGUCCAUGGGUGCUCCAACAGCCCGGCCGAGUCAGGGAUCGGCACCUCACACACGUCGCUGCCCGACUCGGACGACGCUCUGCCUGUCAACGACGCUGACUACUACGAGGCUGAGCUGCUGCCUCCGCUCGGCGUCUGCAAGGCCCUCUAUCCUUUCGAAGCAACAAGCGAAGGUUCGAUUCGGAUGGGCGACGGGGAGGAGCUGCUCAUAAUCGAGCUGGACCAGGGCGACGGGUGGACGCGCGUGCGCAGAGCCACCGGUGACCAGGAAGAGGGAUUCGUGCCAACCUCAUACAUCGAAUGCACGCUACACUCCACCUGUUAACACCCAACCUAGAUUAAAACUCUGCAAUGGAGAAUGGAGUAGGCAGAAAGCAAUUUUAGAAAUAAUGUAAACGUAAAGUUAUGGGAGUUUCAAACCUUUCCAGCAGCCAUUAUUUAUUCGUAAUUAAUUUUACUGUAAAAUGAAUUUAUAUAUGUUGUGAAUGUAAUUGUAUUGUAUUAUGUUGUCGCGCAUGUACAUAAAUGUUCGUAUGUGUGUUAUGUGCCUGCUAUUUUUCACGCUCCACAGACUUUUACGAAAUAAAAUCAGUACCGGUACUGUACGUUGUAAAAUUUAACAUAAUAAUUGUAAAUAAACUAAUAACAAUCUGUUAACUUAUUAGGAAAUCUCUAUUGGCACUGCAUUGCUUUUUAACCUCAUCCAAAAUAUUUAUUCAGAAAUUUGCAUGUUAUCCCCCUCUAAUACUAUAAAUGUAAGUUUGAUUUUUAUUAGAAAUUCGAUCUUUACAAUUAAAAUGAAAAAAAACUUUCCUAAAACGUGAUUAUCAUAUUUGUAAAGUUUCAUCCCUAUAAUAUUUUCCACAAACGGUAAGACUCAAUUCAUAUAUUUUGGGAUACUUAUUUUCUAUACUCCUUUGCCCUCGUUCCUGAAACUUAAUAAUGUGGUAUUACUGUGCUUCUGAGGCUCGAGGAUUCAAAUCCAUACAGGUCCGUGUUUAAUUGAGUGCUUAUUCACUUCUGUGCAUUCCAAAAUUUUCUUGAGUUUAGUUUAGCUAUUUCUACGUUUUUUAAAUUGUAUUGAACAUUGCCCCUUUCUCAUUACCUCCAAGUUUCCUAUUUAGAGGAGCCGAUUGUAGCCGCGCGACCACAGCUGCCACUGAAUCAGUGCUGAUUUUAUAUAGAACAUAAUAUAUAGAUUAUACAAUAAAAUGAAGUAAUAAACCAUAGCCUUUAAUAAAGUAGUGGCGCGUUCAACAUUGUAGAGUCGGCGCUUAGAAAUUGGACCUUGAGACAGUCGUUCUUAUUCACUCACUGUUUCCACUUUCUUGUAUUUGUUAAUAGUACCCCGAUAAUAUCUGCUUCCUCAAUAUAUUAAUCAAUUUUUCCUAAAUUUGGAUGGAAUAUCAAAGACAAAUUUAUUGAAAGGAUCAGCCUUUUUCUAACUUCAGUUAUAAAAUUAAUGCAAUAACUUUUUCGACGCGUUAACCUAUUUCAUUCAAAUUUUAUAGUAAAAAAUUAACAUUUUAUAAAAUGAAUUUUGAAAUGCCAAAAGAAUGAACAAUUUUCAAAAAUUAAUAUUUAUGUUACUUCUUGCUUGAUGACCUAAAAUUAGAAACACAUUUUUCAUUUAUAACAUUCCAAUUUAUUUUUUUCUAUCAUUUUGGUAAUACACACAAUUUGGUAAUCACCCAAACUAUGAUGCUCAUGUCCACUUGGCUCUGUUAAUAUUGAUUUCUCCUAUUAAUAUUAUUAUUCAUUGAUCUGAAAUUUCAAUAACUUACACUGUCUAAUUAUGUAAAAAUUAUUAUAUUCAUUCUCAAUGAGCUCAUGCUGUCUUUGUUGAAACUAAUAAAAAUGCUUUUUGUGGGGAUAUUCCAACAAACCUUGUAAAAUACAAAUUUUGAAUCUAGUUCAUUCUCUUACAAUAGAAGCGGGCUAAAGGUGAGAGUUUUAUUGACAAAACUACCAACUCUUGAAUAGUAGAUUAGUAUAGAUAAUAUUAAAAUAUAGUUGAAAAUGUAUUGUUUUUUCGAACAAACUGUUGAAUUUGAAAAAUUCCUCCGGCAGUUGAAUAAAAUUUAGCUCUUAUCAGAAUAAACUAUCUUUAUCUGUCAUUAUUUAUUGUAAUCCCAACAUAGAAUUAACUUCUUACAAACUGAACUGUUUCUAUAUAAUAUUGUAAAAUUAUUGUAAUUAUUAAUGUAAUAAAUUUAUUGUAAAUAUAUAGUUAUAAAUAUAUAUAUAUAUUAUGUAAUGUAACUUAAGUAAAGCGUGUAAUAUAUAUAUAUUUUUUUAAUACAUGUCGCUCGUUAUUAUGCGCAAAAUUGUACGGUAAUAUUGAUAGUGUUAGUUAUGUUGAAAUAUUGUGCCAAUAUUUAAAGUUAUUUUGUGUUCUUAUUACCCGAACAUUUAUAUUUUUGUGCAUUUCUAAUCUAAGUAUAGAACAAAAUAAUUUUGUAAAUUAAUCUUGAAAGAUGAAUAAUGCCUAGGAUAAUAAUUGAUUGAGGUAUUUGUAAUAUAUUACUGUAAUCAACACUUAUUUUUCUUGAACAUCGAAAAUUAAGGAUCUUCUUGAUGCUUCUUCCCUCUUGAUGUUAUUAUGAUCUUGAAUUAAUUGUUAAUUAUUGGAAAGUCCCAUAUUAUUAGCCUCCACCAAGAAGUAAUUCAUGUGAAAGUUUGAUACAGAAGUGAUGCAUAUUGUAAAUAUGUGCCAAUCUUGUUGCAAUUGAAGACUGUUAAGGAUUGCUCUCGUUAACUCCCAUUAACACAUUUUUUCUCAUUAUAUAUACUUAUUUUAAAUUUUGAAAUUAUCUUUUAAAAUAAUUUUCUGUAAUUAUUUAUUUUUAUCACAUAAUUCAAGAACAACUAGAGUGUAAGUUAGUUGACUCAAAUCCUCAUUCAUGUCCAUCAUAUCGUCAUUAUUUUAGCAUAUUUCCGAUUUAUGUUAUCUGGAGGAAGAAACUAACAAUCUGACAUGAGAUAAAAUUAUAAAAGUCCUGUCAAUAUGAACAUAAAAGAGGGGGUGUGUUAGCAAUUUAUAUUGCAGUUCUGAUUAUUUUAUGUAUUGUUUGGAUACAUAAGAGAACUGGACUUCUCCAGAACCAAUUUUUUUUUGCAAAAUUUCUUUAUGCUACAUACAGAGUGGCCUAAAAACCUCGUAUUUUCCGUCCAUUUACAAGUUUCCAGCUAUUUCUGCCAAAUCCAGUCAUCAGACAGAAAAAUUCGUUCCAGGCUUUUAUUAAGAUUAUAAAAUGAUGAAUAAAGAGUUAAUUCACAAUUCUCUAUCUUCAAUGAGUACAGAGUUACCUUUUUUUUAAAUGAGUAACAUUUCAAGAAUAAAUUUAUUUUGAUAAAUUUCACUUUUUGAUCAAUAAUAUCUUACGAUUGUUACCAUUUGAAUCAAUAAUUCAAAAUCCCUCUGGGAGUAAUUUUGUGCUCUACAACCUGUGUCUAGGUAGAGCGCUUUAUCUCAUAUAGAUUUCCAGGUGCACCUGAUAACAAUGCUCCUUAUAUUUUGAAAAACGCCUCAUUUUUAGCUUCAACCAACAUCAUUACCUUCAUUGGCCUCACAUUGAGAUUUCGCAUAAUGAUAUGAGUUCAUAAGAUCAUGUUCUAUGGAAAUCACCUGUUGGAUGCACUUUAUUUCAGUAUUUCCUAGUGGAGAGGCGCGCAUAAGGACACCUCAAGGAUCAAAAUUUCAAACAAUCAUAACUUUUGACACAAGAACAAUAAAAACUUUACUUUUAAGAAAACACAAACACAAUGAUCCGAUCUCGUUGCAGAAAUGAUGAAGUUAUUGUUGAGUGUACUUUAACCAAUAUUUCCAUUCACAUCAAAAUGGCCAAUUUCUAUAUUCUAUGUAUAUCUCAUUUUAUCCGUGAUUUUAUUAUUUCAAAAAAGUCGAAUUUAAAGCGAGCAAAUUUUUUUGUCCGAUGACUGGAUUUGGCAGAAAGAACUGAAAAAACGAGCUUUUUGGGCCAUACUGUAUCUACCACAAGGAAGUUUUGCAUGGAAUUGGUUCUGGACUACUCUCAUGUAUCCAAACAAUAUAUUAAAAUCAUAACUACAAUUUGAUUUGCAAGCAACAAUGUAUAUAGUGACUGGACUACUGGACUAUAAAUGAUUUGAAAUGUUCAAUAGCUGGUUGGCAUAUUUGAAAUUAGGUUGUGACUUUUUUCAUAGAGAAAUCUAAAAAAAACGUUUUAGAAAACAAGGUUGUUUGCAUGCCAAAACUAGAAUAUAAUCAUGAAGAUACAUAACAUUUUUAUUAUCUUGAAAUGCUUUGAUAUCAAUCUAGAAUUCAUAUAGCUUUCUAGUGAUAUUUUCAAAACAAUUUAAUUAUAGUGAGAUUCAUAAUAAACUGUCAGCUUUGGUUAAGUGUGAAGAAUUGGUGUUAUCUGUGCUUACAGUCUGUAGUUAAUCUUACUAUAGAUAUUUCCUAUUUUGUCUCUUGAGGAUUUAAUUCAAUCAGUAUUUGUAUGUUUCAAAUUUCUUGUCCAUCACUAAUUUCUAAGAUAAGAUUCUAUCCACCCUGCGCGACUUGAACAAAAUGGGGAUUUAUAAUAUUAAAUAGUAUAAGUUUUUCUUAUGCUAUUGUUUCUCUAUGAUAGUAGUUACUAUAAAUUCAACCUGUUACUAUUCGAGUAGUCUACUUGCUAAUUUUGUAUUAUUGUAACAAUCCCGUAUAAUUGAUUUUUUCAAAAAAUAAUCAUCCAUGAUUACUCCCGUAUAAAUUUACUAUUUUCCAUUGCAAGUAAUGUAUUUGUUAAUUAUUGCUUAUUUUAUGUAUGUCCGUCCGAGGGUAAUAUUUUGACAUUGAUGUUCAAUGAAUGAAUUGAUAUUGUUCGACUACUUUUGUAAAUUAAAAAUCAUUAAGCAGUUGUCACCGCUACUAUAUUUUAUACUCUCACUUCUUUGCUCAAAAAAUUCAAAUUUCCAUGAUUAUAUUCGUGUAUCCAGGAUCCAGCUCUCACAAUAUCGUCUAUCGUGAUAAAAUAAUUUUCUUGAUCAAUUUGAUUUUCUAGAAUGUAUCAACUGUUGUUUGUAUUGCAGUUAAUAAUAAUUAUUAUUAAUCUAGAUGGAAAAAUGUGUAUUUCAGCUUGUUUGUAGAUUGUAAAAUACUCUGUAAAUAAAUAAUAUUGAAAAUGUUCCUGUUUGUCUUACAUAGAUUCUCAAGACUAAUGUAAGGAGCUAAUUUCAAAUAUAACAUUUCUAUGAA